AUGCUGUCCCGCCGGAGGCUCCGGAACAUAACUCCAGGCCAUGGACCUUGAGUUCAAAAAGUAUCGUAUAGUGUGAAGAAGAAACUUAAGAAGAAUGGUGCUUGGAUCACCAAGGAAGCUUAUCUUCUGAAUGAUAAUCUGGUCCAGGUUUGAGAGGUGAUUAUGGCCAUCAGGGGACUAGUGGUGCGGAAAAUCCACUUUUUCCCUUGAUGCCUUAGCUGGUUCAUUGCACAGGCGUCUUAGGGAUCUGUUAGGAUAGAUGGUUGUGUAGUAACUACAUAGCUACUAUGAAAGAUGGUUUCAUCUUAUGUGAUGCAAGAAGAUCAACUAUUCUCCAUGUUGGACCUGUUUUUGAGACAUUUCAUGUUUGGCAGCUGGAAGUUAAGGCUUCCUCCUUCCUAUUUCAAGAAAGUGAAAGAAAAAAUGAGUCCAUUAAGGGUAAUCAGGAAGGGGAAACGCCGACGGGUAUCUAUAGGAAUUGAUAUAAUCCAUACCAUUCAUUGUUGUUUCCUUGACGAACCAAACUUUCGGUCUUGAUUCCUACAAGUGCUCACAGUGUGGUGGAAGAAAGUGAAGGACAUAGCACGGGGUGGGUAAGUAUGUCUUGAUGAAACCAUUCACCAGCCCUCUUACAGGAUUCAAAUGCUUUUAGACCGCAUUACAGUUCUUCUAGGGGCAGACAAAUAAUUGGGAAGCCCAGGUGCCUCUCUGCCAUCUCUCUGGAAUUUUGGAAGACCCAGUUCCUGAUGGAGAAAACAGCUGGAGUAUCUUCUUGAUGUAAUCAAGGAGUAUGAUGAGUCCACUGUAGGACUUGAGCCCCUUGUUCUUUACCAAAAGAGAGGGCGAAUCAAACCAGAUCAACUAGCUAAAGGAACCUAUCCCCAAGACUGCCAAAAGACCCCAAAAAACGCCAAGGACUCAUAUAUGAGUACCCCUCGGAUCCAAUUAGCUUCACAGUUUUACAAAGAUUUUCAGUCUGGCCUCUACCAUGGUGUUAAGGAACCUCCUCGCCAUGGCACCGACUGGACUCCUGCAAGAACUCCAGCAAAAACACCAAUCUUCUGCUGUAAGAAUCAAACUCUCAAACAGAUACCGAACACCUUCAACAAGUCCUUCUCGCCCAAAACUCCUGUAGUCUUCAGCUCCUCAGUUAUUCAUAUGCCUACAAUCUUAUAAGAAUUGGACAUGGAGGAUGAAGAAUGCCUGAUGAAACUACACAUGGGUCCUAAAUUUUGCUAAAUUCCAUCUCGUGAAAUUGUAGUCCUCUCAUGGCGAACAGCACUUAAUGAUGUCUCGUUCAUCCUCACAGAAAACCUUUCUCUCAAGAGAAGAAGGUCGUAUUCAGAGCGUCUUAGCAUUGGCAAAUUAAUGCGCUUGAGCUUAUUUUUUUCAAAGAACCUGAGCGAAGAAACAUUCAAAAACCAUCAGCAAGGCCUUUUGAAUUUCUACAUUUUUGCAGUUUGCCUGAUUUUCUUUUCCUCUAAUGAUGCUGUUCCCAACAUUUCCAAAGAACGGAUAUAUCUUCAGUUAGAGAAAGCUUCCCACAUGCUUACCCGCGCUUCUUCUUAUGUUAUCGCCUCUCUUAUAGUCUAUCUCCCAUUUUUUGCCAUCCAAGGUUUCAACAUUUGCUGCAUUAACAAAUUCAUGGUGCAUUUGAAAAGCAGCCUAUUCAAAUUUUGGAUAAUUCUUUAUGCCAUCUCUCAUAACUACAAAUGCUUAGUGAGCUUGUUUAGUGCACUAGUCCCAAGUUAUAUCACAGGAUAUGCAGUUGGUGAUUGCCAACAAACUGCUCUCAUUUUCCUAACUUGUGGUUCUUCUUGAAGGCGUACACAGAUACCAGUCUAACUGGAGUGGCCUUUACAUUACAUAUCUGCAAUAAAAAUAUCCAUUUUGAAGCAAUGUUAAGCUAAAUGAGUUCUCGAAAGGAACCAAGAAUGCUAUAAUGAGACGCUGAUGCAGAUCUUUCCUCCAGGUCCUCUAGGUGAGAUCAAACUUAGCAAACAGCAUGCUGAUUUUUAUAAAACAACUGUCAGUUUUGACUGUCAGUUGAUCGGAGAAGAUAUUUUAUCCUCAAUGGAUAUUAAGAUGGACAACCUGUGGUAUGAUGUUGCCAUUUUACUUGCUUGGGGAGUUCUUUAUCGGCUAUUCUUCUAUGUUGUUCUUAGAUUUUAUUCCAAGAAUGAAAGGAAAUGA